AUGAGUGAAGAUGUAAUAGUUAAAAAACUUAAAUUAUCAAAUGCCAAUUUUGUUUUGUAAUAUGGUGAACCAAAAUUUGAUACAAAAUACUUGAUGCAAAGUGACGCUCAAAGAAUUUUUAAUUAAUAUUCCUAAAUUGUUAAAGAUGAGAAACGACCUCAAGUUUUCGGGUUUAUAAACCAACAAACAAAUGCCUUUUUAAAACGAAUGGAAGAGCAUCGUUAAAUUCUCAAAUAAUAAAUUGAACUGCAACUGAAGAUCUGUCAAGGGAAUAUUCUUUUAUAAAAAGCUUUGCUUAGUUAUGAAUUGAAGAAAAUGAAUUGA